AUGAGUAAAAAAACGAGUGCGAAUAACAACAAUAACUCUUCUUCUACAAAUGCAAAUACGAAUUCUAAUUCUAAUAACAACAAUAAUUUUAAUCUGGUUGGGGGAGGAGGAGCGGCUUCUUGUGCUCCACAACGCGGCUCAUUAUCAUUGAAUGUUGGAUCGACAUUGAGCCGCUCAUUUUCAAGGUCGAGUUUUAUGAUGAGAGCGAAAUUGUCGAGCACAUCAAGUUCGAAUAGUGGAGCGAAUGGUAAAAAUCAUACAAUGAUUGAAGCAAUUCGGGUGAGACUUUUUUCGGAUUUAGGAAACAUUACUUGGAUCAUAUGUUUUUUAUUAGUAGGUCAUGAAAAAGUUCACGUGGUUGAUAACCUUCAAUAAAUAAAGAAAAACAACCGUGACAACAAGGAAGUAAAGGUUAAUGAUUUUAUUAUUGAUUUAAUGAAGUUAUUAGAAGACGAAACUGUAUAUCUACUUUUCAUAAAUUUUUGAACACUUUAUAGAUUUUCGAGCUUAUAAUCAGUACACUUCAAAACAUGUAUCUCCAACUUUUUAGAAAAUUGACUGCGUAAAUUUUUUGAAUAUUCGAAAAUCUUCUUUACUAGGUCGUAAAGGUUCAGGAAGUUAGGAGAGCUGGAGCUAAAUUACUUUUGCUAAUUAAAGUUCGAUUGCUCAAAGUUCGAUUGCUUAUAUUGCUCAAGAUUUUUCUAGCAAAACAUCUAUAUUUCGGAAAUUUUCAAAAUAAGAUUUAAAAACUGAAAAAUUAUCACAAUUAGUGUAAAAACAAGUGUAGUCUACUUCCCAAGUAAUUUUUUCUGGUGGGCCUAAAAUCUAAUAAGUUCGAUAGACUUUGAGAUUUAGAGAAAAAUAGUUUAGAUUCACUCCUAAAAGUCUCAAAAAUUGAGUCCUAGAGACAUUGUGAUAUACCAUUAUUUUUACCUAGAAAAAAUCACUCAUAAGUGCAAAAAUUCUGGGUUUAUUUAUUUAAGCUUUCCCUGCCUUAUAAUUUCCAAAAUUUACGAUCGCGAUAUUUAAACAAAAUUAAUUUCAACUAUUCCUAGGAAUUUUUCUUCGGAAAAAUUUAGUUUUCCCACGUUUCUUUAUAUUUUCCCCUCUUUUUUAUUGUUUUUUUGUCUCAAAAUUUAUUUAUGAAAAUACGGAACCCUUGGAGACAAAUCUAAAUUAUUUGUGACAAUCAAUCAUAAAUUAUGAAAAAGAAAGUCAGCUUUGAACUCUUAUUGUGAACUUUAUCUGCAAGUAAAAAUCACGCUUUUUACUAGAAAAAAAUGAAUUCAAAAUUAAUUGUGAAUAAUCUCACUAUGCAUCAUAGUUCAUGCAAAUCAUAUUUGUUGUUUUCACCAUUUUUCAAGCUCCGAAAAUUUUUCGAAUGAGGGAUUUUCAAUAAAAACUUUUCAUUUUUCAUUUCCAUCCGAAUUCGGUUGACAAAAUUUGUUCUAAAAAAUAAAAAUAUGUAUAUUCCAAUGCCAAAAGUAAGUUUGCUUCCGGAGGGCGCCGAAAAAUUGCAAAGCGAUGAAAAAAUGAUAGGAAAAAUCAACAGGAAAUAUGAUUUUUGUGCUAUAUUUUUGCUUUUUUUUUGGAAAAUUUCAGAGUUUUCAAGAAAAAACUGAAUAAAAGUUCAUGCUCAGCUCAGAAAAAUCCUUUUUCCUCUCACAAAAACCUCCACUUAAUCGUCUUGUCGAGCAGCACACGGCGAUUUAGAGCCAAAAAUAUUUCUUUUUUCAUAUUUUUUUGAAGAAAGAAAAAGUACCCAACCUAAAAUUACUCACAUUUUUUUCGAGACAUUUUUUUUUGACUAAAAUUUCCAAAAAAACAUUCCAGCAAGCAAGAAAAUCCUGUAUAAUUCAAUUAUUUUUUCCGGCUUGUUGUGUUUUUUGUCUUUUUUGCGCCAAAAAAAUUGUCAAAAAAAACAUGUCAGUUUUGUUUAUUCAUUUUAUAUUCGGCCCUCGAUUUUUUUUGUAUUUUUGUUUUUUUCUAGACAAAACAAAAACGAUAAAUAAAAAUAAUUCUUUGAGAUAUGCCCUUGGAUGUUCCUAGUAGGUUACGACUUCCAAAUGUUAGACGAAGAUUAUCACAUUUUAUGCUUGAAGAGGUUUGUUUUUUAUUGAUUGUAGUUUGGAUUUUUGAGCUUCCGCUAACACAGAAAGUUAGAAUUUUUGAAGAAGUUUUUGAAAUCAGUUCCAGAAACUGAAGAAUAUCAUUUUGAAUUUCAGUAAGAUAUAUAUAUAAAAUUGAAAUUCCAUAUUUUCAAUGAAGUCAAAACUUUUUCUUUCAAAAUUUCUGACAUUCAACAUAAUUUCAAAAAGCCACAAUUUUAUGUUUCUAAAUUUUUAGCAAUAAAUUUCGGAUAGUUUUUGACUAACGAAUUCAUAUUUCGCCGUGCAAAACUAUUUUCAAAAUUCAAUUAUAAAUUAAAUUUACUAAUAUAAUUUAUGUAAUCAAACCUCCUGCACUUCUGAAAUUCAGUUAUCAGGAAACAUACUCAUGUUCUAAGUGAGUUAGAACUUCAAAGAUAUGAGAUUUAUUUAAAAAUCAUGACUCUUCACAACUUAUAAAAAUGUAACUAUAAAAAAUGUGGACCUAACAUCUCUCGAAAAAUCUAUUUUGAAAUUGAGCUAUGCCAAAAAUUCUACCAACUCCUUUGACAUUAAAAAAAUCCUAGCACACAUAAAAACUUCGAAAGCCACAAAGAUCCGGCAUAAUAACAUAAAGUAUAAAAUUUCAUACGAGCACUCUGUCAUUCUUUUUUUUUUGGCUUAUUUGCCCUCAUUUUUUUGGAAAAAGGAAUUGAUUUUCGUUUCGUCCUUUGUAUUCAUUCAUUUAUUCACUCAUUCAUAAAAUUCAAUUCCUCCUCUCCUAUUUUCUAAAAAAACAUGGUUAAUGGAUGUUUUGCGUCUCCUCGAAGCCUUCACGGAUCUUUCAAAAAGGUGGGCGGUGCAAUUAGUACAAGUCUCUAAUUACAUCCAAAGGAUAUCAGUUCAGUUUCAACAAAAAACGUUUUUCGUUUUUCUUUAAAAAAUAUCGAAUAUUCUGACAUGUUCCUGACUUUUGCUUCCUUCUCCAGAAAAAAAGUGCAAAAAUUCAUGUAUCUAUGCAAAAAAGCGAACACACUCUAUGAUCUCUAUCACUCAGAGCUCAUUUUACCUUAUUAUUAUUAUCAGCAAAAUUUAGCGCCGCCCAUUUUUCUAUUAUCCUCCACCUGAUAUUAAAUAUCUGUGAAAAACAGCAGCGAACUGAAGAAAACUCUCAAAAUUCCGUUUUCCCCUCACGACUUGUUUAUUUUGUCGCUUCGCGACUCGACAGCAUUGGUAGGGCUCCCCUUUACAACUAUCUAUACAAUAUUUAAAAAAAAGGGUUUUCAGCUGAAGCUUCAUUCUGAUCGUGGCGACAGUAAUUCACCAAAUGGUCUUGCAGAUCCACUAUUAUCAAAUCCACUAUUAGAAGGAUAUUCUGAAGAAGAAUUGAGCGAAUACCGCCAAGUUUUCAAUAUGUUUGAUGCAGGUGAGCAGGUGUAACAUAUAUAUGAUAUGUAAUAUUAGUCAACUUAUAAUUACAUAUUUAUUCAUAUGUUUUCCCCGAAAUAUCUAUUAUAAGUUUUUCCCUUCUGAAUAGCUUGUUUUUUUUCGAGAAUAUGUAAUAACAAGAAUAUUAAUGAUGUUAUUGUUAUUUUAGAUAGAAGCGGAGCUAUUGCAAUUGACGAAUUAGAAGCGGCUAUCAAAAAUUUGGGCUUGGAGCAAACUAGAGACGAACUCGAUAAAAUAAUCGACGAGGUUGAUCAACGCGGAAAUCAUCAAAUCGAUUUUGACGAAUUUUGUGUGGUAAUGCGAAGAUUGACUAUGAAGAAAAGCACGUGGAAUGAAGUUAUCAAGGAGUGUUUUACUGUUUUUGAUCGAUCGGAAAAUGGUGGAAUUACGAAAAAAGAUUUUCGAUAUAUUCUAAGAGAGUUGGGAGAUAUAACUGACAAUCAGAUCAUUGAUGAGAUUUUCAAUGAGGCUGAUGUUGAUGGAAAUGGUGUGAUAGAUUAUGACGAGUUCACCUAUAUGGUUAAAAAUUACAUGACCGAUGAUGAUAUUGCUUGA